GCGCGUGGAUGACAUCACGCUGCGUGCUGAGGAUAAAACGGAGGCGGCGGCUUUGGCGCAGCGCUUUUCUGAACAGGAGCUCAGCGAAUCAGGAUGCCGGAGCGCAGGGACACCGCUGAUCGUUGCCACGCUGUUCAUCGCUAAAACCGGCUUCCACUGAUGUUCUCCCGCUGAGAAGGAGUUUCAUGAUGGGGCAGUAAAGUGUGAGGGAUUUUGGACACGCAGUUCUUUGGAUACAGCCGGCGCGUAAAGGUGCUCCGCCGUCUCCUGCAGUUUGACAUGGAUCAGUCUCAGCAGUGCGCAGCCGUGUGUCUGUUGAUGCUGUCUCUUGGACUCCUGGUGGACAAAGCGAUCUGUCAGCACUUCCUUCUUCUUCGCCCCAUCCCCAGUGACAGUCUGCCGGUGGUGGAUUUAAAAGAGGACCCGGAUCCGGUCUUUGACCCCAAGGAGCGGGACCUGAAUGAGACCGAGCUCAGGAGCAUGCUGGGGGGCUUUGACAGCCGCUUGCUGUCCGUGUUGCUCCCCGUGGAGGACAAACACCCGGGAUCCGACGAGUAUGAUCACUACGACAUCCUGAAGGCGGGCGGAGUUCUGCCCAAGGAGAUCCGGGCGGUGGACUUCGAUGUGCAGAUCGGCAAGAAGCACAAGCCGAGCAAGAAACUGAAGCGGCGGCUGCAGCAGUGGCUGUGGGCUUACACGUUCUGCCCGGUGGUCUACAAAUGGACCGACCUGGGCAGCAGGUUCUGGCCCCGGUACGUCCGGGUUGGCGGCUGCGUGAGUAAAAGGUCCUGUUCGGUUCCGGAGGGGAUGGUCUGUAGACCCGCGAACUCGACCCACCUGACGGUGCUGAGGUGGAGGUGUUUGCAGAGGAAAAGCGGGUUGAAAUGCGCCUGGAUCCCGGUGCAGUACCCGGUCAUCACAGACUGCAAAUGCUCCUGCUCCAGUUAAAAAGGACGCUGUGAACUCUGAAUGAUAAGCUCAGCUCAAUUCAUCCUCCUCUUUAUUUCCCCACCUGCACUACAGAGUGUAAGAAUGUAUUCCUGUACAUGUGUGGCCAUGCAUCUUUUAACAUCCUGUACAAAAUCAGUAUUAUUUGUAAUCAGAGUCUACUUUAUUUGUGCAAAAUAAUGUUUUUUUAUAUAUAUAUAUUUUGUAUUUAUGGAGAAGUGGCGCAGAGCCACGCGUGGACUUUCUGUUGGAUGAAGCAGAUCAAGCAGAGUUGAACUAUGAUUAUUGAUACACGCAUCAGCGACUCGUUUUAUUCUGUAAAUUUGGGAAAUGUACUAUUUAUUCUUUAUAUUCGUACAAUAAAUCUACACUGAUAUGAUUAAAAAA